AUUGUCGAAAGUCCAGACGGAGGCCCAUGUUUGAUUGUUUCGCUUUCAUACAAGAAAUCGAGCCCAAAUCGAAAUUGCCCAACUAUUGCAGAUCAGCUUUUGCACUUCGCGUACUGGCAAAACUGUAAUCAAGUCAGGUCUUUUUUCCUGAAUCUUCUUUUUCAUACUUGAUUUUGAAUGUUGUUUUUAUGUUGAUGCUGUUUAUAUGAGCUAUCAGUCACAUGUUCUCCUAUUAUUGGUGUGGUUGAUUGUGGGGCUUAUGCUGGAUCGUAUGCUGAUUACAUGUUCGAUAAAAUGUCGCAAUGAAGUUCGUUGAUGUAAUAGAAUUACAUGUUGGUUGUAAAUUUGCAAUAUUGAGGAUUUGGAUAUCCAUAAUGAUCUAUAUGCAUGUGCGAAAUUUUCUUAAUGCUGCAAAGUAUUUGACAUCCAAGAGAAAUUAUACUGUCAACUUGCAUUUGAUGAUGUAUCACUGCUCAAGGAAAUCCCAGGAUGAAGUUUUGCCUUCUAGGUGGUAUAAUAAAGCAUUCCCAAGUAUAACAAAAUUGACCCAACAGUUGAAAAAUGUGGAUUUGAUUGAUGGAAAGUUGGUGAAUAUCAACGAUGAUUCAAUCAUUAUUGAUGAUCGUAUUGCGGAGAAGAUGAAUACUUUGAAGUCACUUGUCAGGGUCUUUAUUGGUUCGCCUUGGGUUCAGCAAAAUCUGAAAGAAAAUGUAGAGGCUGCUUCAGCUACUACAAAAUUCAAGCCAGUCGUUUCAUUUAGCAAGCUGAGCGAAAGAGAGCCCAUGACCGUGAAUUCCCUAACCAAAAUAAGCAAUUUCCUUGGCGUAUCUGCUCAACAAAGGAAGUUGGUGCGUUCCACAAUAUGUCCACAGGUGACACAGCAUCGGAUAUUUACAGGUGCCCUUGAGGAGAUACUCAAUGGAUUAAAGUCAGAGAUGGAUUUUCUGCAUUAUGACUGUUCGGGCAAAGGGUGUAAUAUGGGGCAACAGAUAAUCUCUAGCUGUUUAAACUUCCUGGCUCAUACUGACAUCUCAGAUCAUGAGAGCACUUCAUGGAUGCAACUUGGGUCCCAUAAAAGCGUCAAUCCUCAUUGUUCUGGUACAUGGGAAGAUGUGCUUGAGAUGUUCAAUGAUCUAAUUAGGUAUUUGGAAAGUGAGAAGGGAUUAGUUUAUCAUGUGGCAAAACUUGAGGUAAUGAAAGAAGGAUUGUCUCAGAUCAAGGAUGUGUUGAUUGACAAGGCUAUUGGAUACAAAGAGGUUCGGCAUCAGGAAAGCCUAGUGCAGAAGAAGCUCUCCAAGACACUGGGUUACUCUUCACGCUGCCUGUCCACACUUUUAUUGUAUUACCUCUAUGGACAUGUUAGAGACAUUGAAGUUGAUUUAUGUGGAGGAGUUUAUGGUGGUGAAGGUGGCGCUAGGUUUUGCUUGUGCAUGGGGAGGAUUUUGACUUCAGAUGAAGAGAAGAUGGUUAGGAGUGGGGUAAAGCAGUUGGACAGGGCUCUUGGGCUAUUCAAGUUUAUAUGGGAAACAGCAAGGAUGCAAGGAGUCUUAGAACUGCAAGGCCAUCUCUGGUGUGUUGGGGCCAAGGAUAGGACAUUCACCUAUAGGGGAACCUUGUUCUUUGUACAUGGUAUCAUUGACAAAAUUGAAAUAAACGGAUCAAAUGAGUUGUAACUUCCAUAUUUGAUUUACUGCCUUCUAGACAGUUCUGCUAUCCUAUCUAUUGUUUUGGUUUACAAAAUUCAUAUACAGCAAUCUUUAUACUUUCC